AUGGGAAUCAACCGGUUUGAAUGCCGUACCUGCCCGUACCAGGAUGUCAUCCCGACCGGCCACGAAUACUACGAGAAGUCCGAGGUGAAGGAGAAGGAGGUCGAGGGAGUGUUUGGUGGCAAGGAAGAGUUUGCGAACGCCGACAGCAUUGGGACGCAAUGCCCUGCCGAGAAGUGCAAUGGUGAACGUGCAUACUUCUUCCAGCUGCAGAUUCGCAGUGCUGAUGAGCCGAUGACUACAUUCCUGAAGUGUACAACCUGCGGUGUCCGGUGGAGAGAGAAUUGA